GCCUAGUCAUAUUUAGGUGUGGAUAGCAAAACGAGCUUAGCGGCCCAAUCAUCUUGUGUGGGUACAUUUUUUUAUGCAACAUUGGGGAUAGUUUUCACCUAUUAAACUAUUAAACCCUCCCCCAAAGUUGUCCUUAUUCAUUACCACAAUCCAAGCAAAACACAAAAGGGAGGUUCAAGAUUACUGACGCUAUGGUGCCCGGGAGUAAUCAGGAUUGUUAUGUUGUAUUCAAAGGGAGGCAUCCUGGAAUAUAUCCGACUUGCGAGGUAGCAGAGCCUGAGGUAACCGAGUUUUCCCACAAUCUUCACCGCAGAUAUCCGACCUAUGAAGCGGGGUGGUAUGAAGCGGGGUGGAAGGCAUGGUUUGAGUUCAGUGGUGGCCAGGUCAACGGUGGAUCUUUAAGUGGUGGUGAACUUCAGCUUGUGUCCGUGGCCGAAGAUGUUCCAAUCAGUGGGUAUGCUCCUCUACCGACAGAAACUGGCUUCCAUGUUCGAGAUGACAGCUAUUACCGCCGAGUUUUUGAACCGACUUGGGGUCCCUUUACAAAGUAUGAAAAUUUCUGGAAGCAGGUGGGAGUGAAAACCCAACACUCAGUAGCCACACAAUCUCCUGUUGAAGGCACGACCUCACAAGAUGCUGAUGUCAUACCCUUGUUGCAGGAGGCCGUUGCAUCCUUGGAAGGCCGCGUGUCACAGUUUGAGGCUGAAAAGUUGGAUCUUUUCAUACAACUAUCGAGGAUAAUCGAACAACUCUCCAUACUGUUUAACCUGAAGGAAUGCCAAAAGUAAGAACAUGAUCCCACUGUGUCCCGACGGGUGGGGGUGUCUUUUGUUGUGAAUUUUGUCGUCGACGGUGGGUCGUCGUGUUGUGUAAGCUUCAGCGAGUCUGAGUCCCGUGAACAUGUAUUACUUGUCUUGUUUUGACUGUCAUAUAUGAUGUUACUACUUUGGGAUGAAUAGAAUGGUAACCAGAUAGUGAUGUAGUUAACAUCGAUAA